UUGUGGUAGAGAUGAUACUAUAAUAUUCAUUAUAUUUGACCAUUAAUUUAUUUAAUUAGUGACCUGAGGGUGUAUCACUUUUCUUUUCUCUCAUAUUCAUUACACUUGACUUUGAAGUUAAUCAAGGUUUCACAAAUUUCAACUUGAUCAUAAAAAAGUGACUGAUACACUCAUAUCACUUAUAUUAUUCUAUAAAUUGAGCUUCAACCUGUGUUGUUCUUGACAAAAUUGUUUUUUGUUUAUAUUUUAACAUUAAUUUUUGUUUCUAUUUACGAAACAAACAAGGAUGAAAAAAACAGGUAGCAGUGUCUGUUUGCUGUUACUACUUCACAUUUAUCUGAGCAUUGUGGUGACAAAUUCAGCACCAGAAAGUGCCAUUGUAACUCAGAUUCCAGGUUUCAAUGGAACAAUACCUUCCAAGCAUUAUGCUGGGUAUGUAACUGUGGAUGAAAGUCAUGGAAGAAAUUUGUAUUACUAUUUUGUUGAAUCAGAAAGUAAACCUUCUCAGGAUCCGGUUGUUCUUUGGCUUAAUGGUGGACCUGGUUGCUCUAGCUUUGAUGGUUUCAUCUAUGAACAUGGUCCUUUUAAUUUUGAAGCAGCAAAGAGUAAGGGAGGCCUGCCAACUCUGCAUCUCAAUCCAUACAGCUGGACCAAGGUUUCCAGUAUUAUAUAUUUGGACUCUCCGGCUGGUGUUGGAUUUUCAUACUCUAAGAAUGAAACUGAUUAUGUAACUGGAGACAUAAAGACUGCGUCUGAUUCGCAUGUCUUUCUCCUUAAGUGGUUUGAACUAUAUCCCGAGUUCCUUUCCAAUCCUUUCUUCAUUGCUGGAGAGUCAUAUGCCGGAGUUUAUGUGCCUACUCUUGCCUAUGAAGUAAUGAAAGGAAUUGAUGCGGAUGUGAAGCCCAAACUGAAUUUUAAGGGUUACAUUGUUGGAAAUGGUGUUACAGAUGAACUAAUCGAUGGCAAUGCUCUUGUUCCAUUUGUACAUGGGAUGGGUCUUAUCCCGGAUGAAUUGUUUGAGGAGGCUAAUCGCGAGUGUAAUGGGAAUUUCUAUAAUUCGCUCAGUGAUAAUUGUACAGACAGGCUUACCAAAAUUGAUGAGGACAUUGCCGGGUUAAACAUAUAUAACAUUCUAGAACCAUGCUAUCAUGGCACUGAGGCGGACAAGAUUAUCACUACUUAUGUUAAGUUGCCGUCUAGUUUCCGGAAGUUAGGUGAGACUGAGAAACCUCAUCUUGUGAGGAAAAGAAUGUUCGGCCGUGCUUGGCCCCUAAGAGCACCUGUCAGAGACGGAAUUGUACCCACUUGGCCGCAACUUACCAGUAGCAACAAUGUUCCAUGCGUAGACGGCACCGUUGCAGACGUAUGGUUGAACAAUGAAGAAGUCAGGAAAGCAAUUCACACUGCAGAGAAAAGUGUGGUCAGUAGUUGGGAUUUAUGCACAGACAAAAUUUCCUUCGAUCAUGACGCUGGAAGCAUGAUUAAGUACCACAAGAACCUAACUUCCAAAGGAUACCGAGCUCUUAUAUUCAGCGGUGAUCAUGACAUGUGUGUUCCAUUUACGGGGAGUCAAGCAUGGACGAGAUCAAUCGGAUACAAGAUUGUUGAUGAAUGGAGACCUUGGUUAUCCAAUGGUCAAGUUGUUGGCUUUACUCAAGGAUAUGACAACAAUCUUACUUUUCUGACCAUAAAGGGAGCUGGGCAUACUGUUCCGGAAUAUAAGCCACAAGAAGCAUUGGAAUUUUACAAACGUUUUCUUGCUGGAUUGCCAAUAUGAGAAAGAGAUAGUAAUGCUGCUAUGGAUUUUCCAUGAAUUAUAUGAUUUGUGGGUUUAUGGAGACAAGAAGUUAUAUCUAUAUUAUAUGUACCACUCUAAUUUAUUACUAGAUUUACAUGCUUUUCAAUUAUUUUAUGCUUGAAGUGAGGCUAUGGCAGUUAGAUUAAUAUAAGCCCAACUUGUUCUAGGAGAACUCGAAUUCGAAUAUUGGCUCAAACAAUUUAUGGUUAAAAUUUACUUAUUUUUUGUCGGAA